CGCGCUGGUUGGCGAGCGGUGCGUGCACGUGACGCGGGGAGGAUGGCGGCGGUUGAGGAGUGCUUGGUUCCCGGGGAGCGGGAGCCGUGGCAGCCGCUGUCCCUCACGUACGUCGAAUACCCCGCAGAUGACGUCACGGGACGUGUUCUUGCACAUUUAAGCCUUUUACCAGUAUUUAUCCUUUUUGGUUUUGUCACACUCAUCGUGUUCAAGAGGGAGCUGCACACUAUUUCGUUCCUCUGCGGAUUGGUACUAAACGAAGGCUUGAACUGGAUAGUUAAGAAUAUCAUCAGAGAGCCCAGACCAUGUCAUGGAGGCCACAAAACGUUGUUUACAGAGUAUGGGAUGCCCUCCAGUCAUUCCCAGUUCAUAUGGUUCUUUUCCACCUACUCAUUCCUUUUCCUUUAUUUAAGAAUGCACCAAACCAACAACGCUAGAUUUGUAGACAUGUUGUGGAGGCACAUUUUAUCGUUGUGUCUGCUAACUGCGGCCUUUCUCGUCUCAUAUAGUAGAGUCUAUCUGCUGUACCAUUCAUGGAGCCAGGUGAUCUAUGGAGGUGCGGUAGGUGGAUUGAUGGGAGGAGCCUGGUUUAUCUUUAUACAAGAGGUACUAACACCACUAUUCCCCAGGAUAGCUACAUGGCCAGUGUCUGAGAUUUUCAUGAUCCGGGACACAAGUCUGAUUCCAAACAUCCUCUGGUUUGAGUACACGGUCACAAGAGCAGAAGCACGAAACAGACAACGAAAGCUGGGCACAAAGAUGCAGUGAGCUGCAGGAUGGGGUGCGUGAUUUGGAAAGGACCACCCUGCGGACACAUGCAAGCCUUGACGGGGAGAGGAUACACACAUCAGUUUUUAAUCAUUUUAUUUUGCAGACGGACCAAAAGGCAAACUGACACAUACCUUCGACCCAGCGAUGGCAUUCAGUGUCGAUGCAACCUGCUGUUAGCUUUGAACUGCAUGUUAGAAUUGUACGAGGGCUGGAUUUGAACCAGUUUAAACACAGUGCACAUUGGCAGUGUGAUGGAGUUCUGUGUUUGAUUUCAGAUAUCUUGCUUUUGGGGGCAAUGUGUGCGUAGAAUGAACGAUUUAAAUUUUCUUGUUGCAUUGCAGUUUACUGCGAUGAUUGACUGGGCUUGUGGGUAAGAACUCUAUAGGUAAAUGGAUAUUGCCUUUAUUUUAAAAAACAAACCCUGAUUAUGCAUUGCAGGGGUAGCAGCACUGAGCCAGACAGAAAGGGCGUUUGCAGAAGUCUUGCUUCCUUCCCUGCUCUGAACACAUUUGGUCCAACCACAGUAGUUUCCAUUUGAUCGUCUUGACUUUUUGUAUUUGCAAUGUGAGGGAGUAAUGAUGGUUAUGAUUAACCGGCAAUCACUUGGUAUCAUGGUUUAGAAUAGGAAGUUCUUGGGGAGUUGGGUUUGGUGAAUGCAGCCCAAACCUUGGAGGGAGCAAGGAAGCAGCUUAAUUCUUUUGAGAGUUGCUGUAGGAAUUGAGUUGUAGAUCGGUGGGGUGGGGGGUGGGUUGGGCUAAUCUAUAUACCUGCUAGGUCUUAUUCCUAUUAUCCGCUGGGCAUAAGCUAACAUAGACAGCACUGAACUUUACCUGGACAUGGAAUUUCACCCUUUUUGCAGUCUUGUUCUCGGGGCUUAGUCAUAGUUGAGUGUGGAGAGUGGAACAUUGCCCUGAAUGGGCAGGGAGAGAAGGGUCUUGCGGUUUUAACGGGUCAGAGUUUAGCCAUAAUCAUCGUGGCAGUGCCUUGCAUCUGACCCAUUGCCUGCCCAAACCUUGACAUUGGAGAGUAGAAGAAACGUCAGAUUCCGUUGCCUGACCAUUCCAUCUUAAAAUGUACAGCCAGCUAAUAUUUUGCCUUCAAGAGUGAUAUUAAAUACGCAAAGCAAGAAAGUAGAUUGUUUUUAAGGGUGGGGAGACUGUGAUGAUAUCUGCAAAAAUGGCAUAUAGGUAGGAGUAAGGUUGCAUUCUAACCUUGAGAGCUUUUUGGAGUAGUAGCUAAUCAAGUAAGACCGACAUGAGAAGCAGUUUGACUGUUAGUCGAUGGAAUUUUGCUGCAGUGUUUAUUGGCUGAUGGAAAGUUUCACCUGGAACAAAUGGCAGGAACUGGGAAUGAUGUUGUUGGUGUGUGGGGUGGGGGGAGAGAGAGAAACUCCCACAUGCUGAACCAUAUUUCCGAGAGACAUUAGUGAAGCAUAAGUAACCAAGAUCAUGGGCCAUGGGGUGAGGGGCUGUGGCCCUGUGAGCUACUGUAAUAAUGUCUGAUCCUGGGAGCUGCCGCUGUUUCUUUAGGCUUGUUUUUAUUGCCACCGGCACAGAUUGCUCACCAGUGUUAGGUACAAUCUCAAAUAUAGUUUUUUUUUAUAUUUUACUCAUAAAGCAAGAUUAUAAAUGACCCCUAAUUUCUUGAUUGAAGUUUACGUAUUGUAACACACUUUCUUUUUUAAUAAACGUUUGGAAACCAA